GUUAAUGGCGACCAUGCAAUGAUGGAAGACGUUUCUGCAACUCAAAACCAUACUGUUCAACUAGGUCUUCCUUCUGGAGGAAUUAGUAUUAAUAGUAAACAAAACCAAGAAGAUCACAAUCAAAGGCCUCACUAUUCCAUCCCAGGAAUCCUCCAUUUUAUUCAGCAUGAAUGGGCAAGGUUUGAAAUGGAACGAGCCCAAUGGGAAGUUGAAAGGGCUGAACUUCAAGCUCGAAUAGCAUUUCUGCAAGGCGAAAGAAAGGGCCAAGAAAACUUAAAAAAUGAUUUAAUAAGAAGGAUAAAAAUGUUGGAGUAUGCUCUAAAACAAGAAAGAGUCAAGUUUCACAAACUAAAGUAUGGGACAGAUCCAAAUUUCAGUGACCUGAAAGCUCCAAUAUUUGAUGAUAUUGAUGAACCUGUUGAUGGGGAUCCCUUAAUCACUAGCAAUAGCAAUGUCUCUUGGCGAGAAGGACGACAGUUACUUAGGCGUUAUUUGCAAGAAAUUGGUUACACAGACACUAUUAUUGAUGUUCGAUCUGCUCGUGUACGCACCUUAUUAGGCCUGUCUUCUAAUGCUGAAAAUGAUGAAAAAAGUUUAGCAUCUGUUUUAAAUGGAGAGCAAAUGAAAAGGUCCAGUGAUACACAGAUUAGAAGAGUGAAAAUGGUUAGCUGUGCAAGUCAGAAUUCUAGAAUGCUUAUGGAUGCUGAACAAUCUGUUUUAGAUACAUUUGAUUUCCUAUCUUCUGAAAAUGUGGACAUGGAUGAUGAAGAUGACAAUUUGAGUGAUGAAAUGGAUGAUGCAUGUUCUGCUGAUGAAGAAGAAAAUGAAAGAGUUGAAAAGAAAGUUAAACCAAAACCAAAGGGGCCAAAUGAUGCAAUGCCAUCUAGAAAUGAAGAUGGCAUAGGGGAAGGUUCUACUGAAGAAGCUCUUGCAGAAUUUGACUUUCUUGGUGCUGGAGAUGCGCCUGAUCAUAGGAAACAAGAUGAAAAUUCCGAAUGGGGUGUUCAGAAAAGCUUAGCUUUUCCCCCUGGUUCUAGAAGACCAUUGCUUGGUGCUCCUGGAAAUGAAGAUGAUACUUUAGAAGCUGCAUUAGGACUUGGUGAAUUGGCCAGUCUAACAGUCAACAAUGAAGCAGAUACUAGUUAUGACAUAUCUUCAGCAAAGGAAGCAUUUAGGAAAACAUGGAAUGCAAAAUACACCCUCAGAAGUCACUUUGAUGGGGUAAGAGCUCUAGCAUUUCAUCCUGUUGAACCAGUGCUAAUAACAGCCUCUGAAGAUCAUACUUUAAAAUUGUGGAACUUGCAGAAAACAGUUCCUGCAAAGAAGACAGCAUCACUGGAUGUUGAACCUGUGUAUACUUUUAGAGCACAUGUGGGGCCUGUUUUGUGUCUUGCAUUAAGUACAUCAGGAGAUCAAUGUUUUAGUGGUGGAAUGGAUGGUACUAUUAGAUGUUGGAAUGUUCCUAGUUCUUUAAGUGAUCCAUAUGACUCAUUUGAUCCCAGUGUUUUGACUGCAACGCUUAAAGGUCAUACAGAUGCUGUAUGGGGCCUCUCAAUCCAUAGCUCAAAGGUACAACUUCUUUCUUGCUCAGCUGAUGGUACAGUCAGAUUAUGGUCUCCUCAAUGCAAAGUUCCACUGCUUCAUACAUAUGGUUCAGAUGUUGCUGAUGGGUCACCAACAUCUGUAGACUUUCUACGAUGUGACAUGACGCAGAUGGUUGCUGCAUAUACAUCUUCAAACUCUGUUAUAUUUGAUUUGGAAACUGGAAAACCUGUCAUUCGUCUAGACAGUAAUCAAACUCCAGAUGCAAGUCCUUUAGGCAAACAAAUUAACUGUAUUGUGUGUCACCCUACUCUGCCCCUUACUGUUACUGCUCAUGAAGAUAGACACAUACGAUUUUUUGACAACAACACAGGUAAAAUGAUCCACUCAAUGGUAGCGCACUUAGAUGCUGUCACAAGUCUUGCCAUUGAUCCUAAUGGUUUAUAUUUAUUAUCUGGAAGUCAUGACUGCUCAAUUCGUUUGUGGAAUAUGGAUAACAAAACAUGUGUGCAAGAAAUAACGUCUCACCGAAAGAAAUUUGAUGAAGCAAUUUUCGAUGUAGCUUUUCACCCUUCCAAACCCUACAUUGCUAGUGCCGGGGCUGAUGCUCUUGCAAAAGUAUUUGUAUGAAAGUACCUCGAGCAUCUUAAAGAGACUGAAAGCUGAUGGCAUUGGCUGCUAACAUUUCCAGCCAGCAUUUCAGCCCAGAGACCAAUGAACUGUCACUUACACUACUAUUUAUUUAUGUAGAGCUGAACAGGGUCUUGGCAUUGUUUGCUGGAACGUUGUUCGAUAUCAAUCCCCCUUCAUUUUAAGUUUAGUGGUAUUUGAUUGUAAUGCCUAUUUACAAAACAAUCAAUCAUUUCUUACGCUUGACAUUGCACAUGUCUUAUAAAAAGGAAAAUACUGGGUAUGUAAAUGAGCCAAAUUUUUGCUGUGUUUUAACACUUCAUGAUUUGAAAUUUAAGCUAACUCCACUUACUAUGAAACGCAAUUAUAUACAAAUACUCACUUUUUUAAUGUGUCAAAUGUGAGCAAUAUUUUGAAUUUGAACUUGGUUCUCUGGCUUUUAUUAUCCCAAUUUUCCCUUUAAUUUAUGUAUAAAAUUUGCCUCUGUAAAUAAAUGAGUAAAUGUGAAGAAUAAUUAACUAGCAUAUAGGGGAUUCAAUAGCUUGCCUUUCAUCAAAUAGUAGUGUAGGUAGAAUAUGUUGAUUGAACAUCAGGAACAGCAAAUUAUAUACAUCAGCUGCACAUUCAAGUGAUUAUAAAUGCACUACUGCUUUAAGCAGCACACAAGAUGGAUUCUUGAUGUUGUGAAAGUGAUAGUGUUGUACAGUGUACAAAGUUACAUUCAGGAUCUUUUCAAGGCAUUUUUUAAUUAUUGUUAUUUAUCCUCGAACUUAAAAGCUGCAUUUAUGGAAGUCCGAAAUCAUAACUAGUAGAAACAAAUAUUUAUAUUUAUGUUCAACAAUUGUGACUGUUCUGAUGAUUGUGAAAUUGCCUUAGAGCAGCUUUAGGUGUACAGUAAAAACAUUUAGAACUGAAGGCUGUUGUUAUUUACAGUAUCAAAGCCAUAGCAAAGUUAUCAGUGGAAAAAUGUUGCUGUAACCUUACUUUUGCAGCUAUGAGCAGUGAUAGAUCAUGUUUAGCAUUGAAGAUACAGCAUUUUGAGUCCUGAAAAUUUUAUGCUAUAAAACUAGGCUUUGUGCUUCCUUUUAUAAUAAAUCCAAGAGCAAAGAAGUGUUGUUUAAAAAUUCAGCAUGUUUGUAAAAAUCUAUAUUUAUGAGAAAAACCUUUUCUACUAAUAAAAGUGUGCAUGAAUAUUAUAAAACAUGCCAUCAGAAGCCUAAAUUCAUUUCAUUAUCAUAUUUUAAUCCAUAGUUUGUAUUUUAAUUUUUAUGCGCGGCUGAAAACUAACACUACAUUUUUUAAAAACGUGUGUAAGAGUGGUUCUGCUCUCAAGUGUAACCUGUUCCUUUGCAUACUUCAUUACUAAAUAUAUGUUUUCAUGUACUUCUAAAAUAAUUUUAGAUGAAUGUUACAAAUAUAUCAGCAAUAAACAACAUGAAAGUUUAUUUUUUAGCUUUUAUGUUUUAAAUUAGAUCUACAUGGCCAACUCUGUUGGAUUUUUUAUUGAAUAUCUUCCCAUUCUGCAACAAUUUUAAAACUGUAUGUAGUUUUUAUUGUGUCUUUGAAAAAAUUUCCCAUGAGAAGGAAAAUUUCAAAAAACAUUGUUGUAUCAAAUGUUUGAUUUUAACUUGAACAUGUCUUAAAACUGAAUGCUUAUGAUUUUCAAAUGCUUUCAAGUUCAAAAUUGAAACUUAAUUGUUUCUAAUUAGGAUAACUUCAAGAUAGCUUACAAAGUAUACUCUGAUUAUGUUUUAAAUACACGAGUUGUGCAAGUUUGUGAAAGCACUUUUUAUCCUCCAGUUUGCAACAAAAUUGCAAAUCCGUGAUUUAAGGGCAUAAAAAGCUGAUUUUUUUUUUUUUAUUUAAGUAUGUAAUUUUUUGUUUUGUGUUUGAUUUUCUUCAGAUUUAGUGAAGAUAUGCAUGUCAGUAAUAUAUGACUUACAUUUAUUUCACUGUAGAAGCUGAUUUUGGUGAUAAUUAAAUCAAUUACUUUUAUUCAAUUGCUAUCAUCAGUUAAAGCAUUGAAAUUCCAGUAUACCUCCUCCAAAUUUAAGUAGUCUUAACUAACAAACAAAAAUGAAUGAUUUGCUCAAAGGUUAUAUUAAAAAGUUAAGAGAUGCUUAAAUUUGUAUUGAAGUUUUUCCAGCGAUCAGAACAUUGUCCAAUUUGGCAUUAAUUCACUGUUGGAUUAAAAUGACCUUGAAAUUGUUUCUGUUGGAGACAAAUAGAGAUUCACCUCCAGAUACCUUCAAUGAGAAAUGUCUGAUAAUGUUUGGGGGUUUGUCCUCAGAAAUAAUUUACCUCUAUAAGUUGUAAAACAUCAUUUAAAACUUCGAGUUUUUAUCAGAAUAACCUGGAAGCAGAAGCAUGAGAAAGAAAAUGAUUUUUCUCCCAGAUAAAAAUUUUUCUGCUGUAAAAUAAGUUUUCUAAGCUUUCAGUUUUGCCCUUUUUUUUCAUCAUAAAUAUUUAAUUAUGUAAAUUACAUUGGUGGCAUAAUGUAUAUAAUCAUUUUUUUGAUGCGUAAGCUUAAAAAAAAUAUUUACAGCACUAAAAUUAAUCUUAAAUUAAUGAAGGUAACCAUGAAGUUAAUUAUUUAUUAAAUUUCUUUUCAAAGACUUAGUUUUUAAUGCACCUUCUCCUGUUUACAUCUGUUCAUACACUUCUAUAUGCUUUUCAUUAUGUAAAACUUUCAGAAUGGAACUUCUGGACCUUUUCUCUACCCCUGUCUGUGCAGACUACUUUGAUUACAUGUAUGAUUUAUAUGUUCCAAUUAUGACCCAGUGCAAAAAAGUGGUAUAGACUAUGUUUAGCUUUUGCCAGGAACUAAUGUGAACUAUUUGAAUUAUUUUCAAUUAUGAGUAUUUUUAAUUUUAACUGGUUAACUAGACCUGAACUAGAAAAGAAAAAAAAACCUUUACAUAUAAAUGAAUAUUAUAUUCAUAUUGUAAAUCUAAAAAUAAAAUUUUCGUACAGUUAUUGAUGUAUGUUUUAUAACUUUUUUAAGCUCUAUUUUUUUUUUUUUCAAUUAAAUAGACAAUUAGAUCAGAACACUUUUUGUUGUUGUUGUUUUGUGAAGGUUUUGUUUUUUAAUUCCAUUCAUGUCUUAAAUUUUUUUAUUGCAGCCUGCAACACAGAUUAAGUUGCAUAGAACUGUUUUAUGCACUUACAAAAUUAAAAGUUAUCCUAGAAGACCAAAAACUACUUUUUAUGUUAUAUUUAUGAAGAAAAUAUUUUACUAACAAGCAAGUUUACUCCUUAAUUGAGACACAUGCAAUUUGACACACAACACAAGCACAGUAUAGUCAUAACUUUAUUUCCUCGGAUAACAAAAUUGUAAUCAUAAUUCAGUUAUAUUGUAAUAGACUACAAGCCUGUAACAUAUAUAUUUCAUUUAUUUGUAGGCAGGUAUGUAUCUAUUAUUUAAAUUAACUAUUUUAAAAAUUUUACAUGCAAACAAAAUAUAAAGAUCAACUAUUUGUGUAUCUGAUAAGUUAGCAAUAUAGACAUUUUAUGUUUGAUAUUAUUUGUAAGUUGUUGUUUAAAAGUAUAUUUUAAAUGGAUAGUGCUACAUUGUUGUUUUUAAAACUUUUGAUUUUAUAAUUAGAGUUGUAAUUUCAAAAUGUUGCUUUAGACUUAGGUUACUAUUCUAAAGUAAAAAUUACAUUUACAGUUCAGCAUCAUAUAUUAAUUAGUAAAUACUGUUUGUUUUUUGAUAAUUGAUUUUAACUACAAUUAAAAUAAUAGCUGGCUAACUUUAUCUUAUGUUAUCAAUUUUAAAAUGCUUGUGUAUCUUCUCUUGCUGCUUUAUAUUAUUUAUGCAGACACAUAAAAAAUAAUAUUAUAUACCUACAAUACCCUUAAAGCUCACUAUGUGAGUACAGUGAAUGAUUCCUGUUGAAUUUUUUAAGGAAAUUAUUCAAGAAAGUUGCUUGGAGGAAAGGGACAUAGGAAUCUGAACGCAGCUACAAACCAUCUUAGUAAUUAUAUUGUAAUAUAUGACUUAGCUCUCUGUAUGUACUUGAAAUAAAUGUAAU